AUGAACGGGUCUUUGUCCAAUGGAUCGAGUGAAAUCGAAGACACGCAAUGGCCCUCACCGGAGGCGGAACUGUUUGAGUUACCGUUCUUGUUUGACAUUGCAGAAGCACGUGCUUGUCACGAGACCGUGCUUAGUAAACCAUAUCCGUCUGAUGGACACCUGUACUGCAAUGCGACGUUUGAUGACAUGCUGUGUUUCAACUACACACUGGCGGGGCAAACGGUCUUCAAACCGUGUCCUACUCACAUGCACCCUGGAUUUAACCCAGAAGCUUUCGCAGAGAAGGUGUGUCAGAGUGACGGGACAUGGUACCAUCAUCCCUUCACCAACAAGUCGUGGACAGACUACAGACCGUGUUCACGGCUUCAGGAGGAACACAGUGUGAUAAUGAUAUAUAUAAGCGGAUAUGCCCUUUCCAUUGGUUUCCUAGCCGUCAGCCUCGUCAUAUUCCGACUCUUCGGACAGCUGAAGUGUAACCGCGUGACGCUGCACCAGCACCUGUUCGUCUCCUACAUCCUGUCGGGCUUUCUCUGGAUUCUCUACUACACACAGGUGCCCAUGAGGACGGACAGCGGAAUACUCGCCGCCAACCCGAUCUGGUGUCGCAGUCUACACACAGUCACCCAGUACACGACGGUCUGCAACUACUGCUGGAUGUUGUGCGAGGGUUUCUAUCUUCACACCGCUGUCACAAAAGUGUUCACCAAAGAAAACAGAUUGGUGUGGUGCUGGUUGUUUGAAUCGAAUUUCCUGUGGGCUAUUGUUGUUCCUGUAAUAUUAUCCUUGGUUAUUAACUUGCUGUUUGUGAUCAACAUUCUGAGAAUCAUCGUAUCGAAACUGCGUGCCUUUAAUACGAACGAGAGCUACCAAAACAAACGAGCUAUGCGUGCCAUUCUGAUCUUGAUACCCUUGUUGGGACUCCAGUACCUUGUUAUACCCUUCAGACCCAGCAGCGGACCUCGGGCCCUUUACAUCUUCAAAAUGGUGUCAGCUUUUCUUGUGUCGUACCAGGUAGGCAUGGCAAUCGCGCGGACCAAUCAGGGAGAAUUUGGUGUUUUCGUUGCAAUAAUAUUUUGCUUUUUGAAUGGAGAGGUUGUGACGGUUCUCCGCCGGAAAUGGAUCCAAGUGCGCCAUAACUUGGACGCGACAUUUUUCGACAGACGACGCAGUGUGUCCACCACGUUCGCCAUCACCUGGGAAGACUCGUCCACGAGUGGAGUGAGAAAUGGAAAAAUAUUUAUCAGGAAAAGCAAGACUGAGUUGCAGUCGAUUAUGAAAGAACGAACCGACGCGGAAAACAAAGAGGCUGUAGUGGUACUCUGUUGA